AUGAACGCAGAACAUGAGAAUAAAGAUUGGGAAGAGUGGAGGCAACUGGGAGCAGAGCCAGAUGUGCUUCCCAGUAGUAAUUACAGAACAAUAGCUAGCCCCCGCUGUUCCAAUCGGCUGUCACUACCAUUCCGUCAGAUAAUCAUGGAAUGCAUUGACCUCGAAAUCCAGCUUGAGCCGAUUAAUUCAUCGCUAUCUCGUCCGAGAGAGGACUUCGACCUUUUCACGACCGAUAUUCGCGGUAAUCUCGAGCAUCUCGGUGCUAUUCUACACCGCAAUGAAUAUCUGUGCAAUAAUAUUCAGUCGGAUGAAGAGAUAGCGUUCAACAGGAACGCCAUUGAACAUCUCCGAGCUAGAGUGAGCCUCACCCUAGAUCACCUCAAUUCACCCCCAGCCAGCCCCAUCUACAACUACGACGACUGGUCAAACGACGGCACCCCUCCCAGCAUGAUCCCUCCCCCGGACGACAGGCGCCCAUAA